UAGCUGGUAAUGUUGAAGUGGCUGAAGUUUUGCUGAAAAGGAAUGAAAGUCUGUUGAAUAUUACCGAUUAUCAAGGUAAUUUACCAAUACACAUGGCUGCUUCAUUUGGAAAGCAUGAUAUGGUGAGGUAUCUGUACAGUAAUUAUCAGAAUCUGACCAGUCAUUCAUGGACACAUGAGAAACAGGGUUGGCUUCUUCUGAAAUGUGUCGAGGCUAAUCUAUUUGAUGUCGCAUUACAAAUUUGUACUGAUCAUCCUGAACUGGCUACAAAUGGGAGUGUACUCAGCCUACUGGCUCGAAAACGUGGUGCAUUCUAUGUUAUAAGACCUAAUAUAAUAUGUAGAUUCAUGCGCUCAAUCUUUCAUCAUAUGGUAGAUAUUCCUGACAAAGAAAAUCAUGCCUUGCGUUUACUACGAUUCAUUUUGACAGAGAUUGGGAAAUUGCCAAUGGCUAAAUUUGAUGACAUAAUAAUGGGGCCACCCGAUGAGACAGACGAAGGGAAAAAACAAACAGGUUGUGAAAAAGAAAUGAAAGAAACAUUACUGCAAAGUACCCUUUCAGGAGAUGUUGCAAAAAUGUCUGAUAAUAUUUCUAAUCAAGUCAAAAUAAAUGGGGCUGAUAACACGACCACUUCAAAAGAUGCAAAUAAAAGGUACUCUUCCCCAGUAUUAUUUGUUGCUGCUGAAAUAGGUAACACUGAAUUUGUAGUAGAGGUCAUCAAGCAAUAUCCACAUCUAGUUACAGAGGUGAAUGAAAAUAACCAAAGUAUAUUCCAUGUUGCUGUCUUAAAUGGUCAUGAAGGCAUAUACAAACUCUUAUAUGAGAUGGGCUCAAUCAACGAGUUGAUAGUUGCUCGUGAGGACAAAAAUGGGAACAAUAUGUUGCAUUUAGUUGGGAGGAGUUCUGCUUCUAAGAGACUACAGAACAUCCAAGGGGUGGGUUUGCGAUUGAAUCCAGAACUAUUAUGGUUCAAGGAAAUAGAGACCUUAAUACCUCCUUGUCUUCGAGAAAAGAAGAACGUGGUAGGUCUAACACCCUAUGAAGCAUUUAUGAACAGCAACAAAGAUUUAUUUUCCAAAGGCGAAAAGUGGAUGAAAGAAAUAGCUGCUCAACUAAUGGUGGUUGCAGCACUCAUAGCCACUAUCUCAUUUGCAGCAUUGUUUACUUUUCCAGGUGGCUAUGAUCAGUUAACUGGUCUUCCUAUCUUCCUCCCAAAAUUUCAUUUUAAAGUUUUCAUUAUAUGUGACAGUUUCUCAUUUAUAUGCUCUACAAAUUCAAUCCUUAUGGUCUUAUCAAUCCUGGGAUCUAAGUAUGACGAAUAUGACUUCUUAGUAUCACUAUCCAAAAGGCUGAUAAUAUGUCUAGCAUCAGUUUUCAUCUCUAUAGUAACCCUUAGCAUUGCUUUUCUUAUCAACACUUUCUUAUUAUAUACAACUUAUUAUCAUUGGAUGCCGGUUCUUAUCAGCGUUUUAACUUGCAUUGGGUAUGCAAUUUUUGUCUUCUCAAAUUAUCAUCUCCUAGGUCGCUAUAUGCGUGGCUUUAGAAUGCUUUACGAAACAGGUGCUUCUGCUAGGAAGUUUCAUUCGGAUUGAUGUACUUCUGUAA